GAAGUGUGUGUUCUCUGCUUCUGGGCGGGAGGAUAUUUAGGCGCACCAGGGCGGGUUCCGCUUCAUUCUCAUUGGCAGGUUGCUGGCGGAAGCGGCUGCUCGGUUUGGUUCUGUUGGUUCCGGUGUCGGAGGUUUGAAGCACGAUGGCGACUGAUUCCUGGGCCCUGGCGGUGGACGAGCAAGAGGCGGCGGCCGAGUCGUUAACCAAGCUGCAGCUGAAAGAUGAUAAAGUCGAAACCCCAAAACCAGAGAGUAACGGAACAGAUCCUGUAGACAACGGAGCAGAGAAGACGAACAAUGGAGAAGAAAAGUCCGAGGACGAUGAUAAAGAGGAUAAAGCUGCGCAGUCGCUGCUCAAUAAACUCAUACGGAACAACCUGGUCAACACCACCAACCAAGUGGAGGUUCUGCAGCGCGACCCCAACUCCCCCCUGUAUUCUGUCAAGUCCUUCGAGGAGCUGAGGCUGAAGCCCCAACUUCUACAAGGAGUUUAUGCCAUGGGGUUCAACAGACCCUCAAAGAUCCAGGAGAACGCGCUGCCAAUGAUGCUGGCGGAGCCCCCCCAGAACCUGAUCGCUCAGUCACAGUCCGGAACAGGGAAGACGGCAGCCUUUGUUUUGGCCAUGUUAUCCAGAGUCAACCCAGCAAACAGAUUCCCACAGUGCCUGUGUCUUUCUCCCACAUACGAGCUCGCUCUCCAGACCGGGAAAGUCAUUGAACAGAUGGGAAAGUUCCACCCGGAGCUGAAGUUGGCCUACGCUGUCCGAGGGAACAAAUUGGAGCGCGGGCAGAAGUUGGCAGAACAGAUAGUGAUCGGGACCCCGGGGACGGUGCUGGACUGGUGCUCCAAGCUGAGGUUCAUCGAUCCCAAGAAGAUCAAGGUGUUUGUGCUGGAUGAGGCGGAUGUCAUGAUAGCGACUCAAGGGCACCAGGACCAGAGCAUCCGCAUCCAGAGGAUGUUGCCGCGGGAUUGCCAGAUGCUCCUGUUCUCGGCCACGUUUGAAGAUUCCGUCUGGAAAUUCGCUCAGAAAGUCGUCCCCGAACCCAACAUCAUCAAACUGAAGCGGGAAGAGGAGACGCUGGACACCAUCAAACAGUAUUACGUGCUGUGCAACAGCCGCGAGGAGAAGUUCAAGGCCCUGUGCAACAUCUAUGGCUCCAUAACCAUCGCGCAAGCCAUGAUCUUCUGCCACACCCGGAAAACGGCCUCUUGGCUCGCAGGGGAGCUAUCUAAAGAAGGCCACCAGGUGGCGUUACUCAGCGGCGAGAUGAUGGUAGAGCAGAGGGCGGCGGUGAUCGACCGAUUCCGAGACGGCAAAGAAAAGGUUCUGGUGACCACCAACGUGUGCGCUAGAGGCAUCGAUGUGGAGCAGGUCUCGGUGGUGAUCAACUUUGACCUCCCUGUGGACAAAGACGGAAAUCCGGACAACGAGACGUAUCUGCACCGGAUCGGGCGCACCGGGCGCUUCGGCAAGAGGGGCAUCGCCAUCAACAUGGUGGACAGCAGACACAGCAUGAGCAUCCUGAAGGAGAUCGAGCAGCACUUCAAUAAACCGAUCGAGCAGCUGGACACGGACGACAUCGAUGAGAUCGAGAAAAUCAACAACUGAACCGACCUCCGGCCGCCUCUACCAGGAUUGUUACCCUAAAAAAUCUGCGCCAAAAUUUCCUCUGCUGGGGAAGGAGAUGGCGCGCGGGACGUGUACACCGAAGCUUUUAGCCUAGUGUUAAAAUACAAAAAAAUUCUUAACUUUCUUUUCAUCCCUUUCGGACCAGGCAUUAACCCCGUCAGUACUUCCUUCCUGUAUCAAAGGGUUAAUCAGCUGCUUUGUCUUAAGUCUCCGACACGAGAUUUUACCGCUACAGACCUGAUGCAGCAUUAUGGCCGCCUCUGGUCACAUGACUGAUGGACUUAGUUUAAAUUUUAGUUUUUCUCUAUACUUUUUUUUAUUUAUUUUUAUUUAGCCUUCUUAAUUGCCCCCUCCUCCCCCAAAGCCCCCCCCCCCCCUUCCCCUGGCUGUAACCCCUCCCUUCGGUGCCCGCUAUUUAUUUUAUUCUUUCUAUGUUUCAGUAUAGACUUUGCUAUGAACUCCUUUCUAGUUUUAGUAGCCAUUGACUCUGGCAGAGACGGAUGUCCCAGCAUUCCCUGCUCAGUAGUAGGCAAGGCAUGCUGGGAUAUGUAGUGAGGUGAAUUCCCAGACAUCACACUGUGCACUGGAGGAGCCGCCCCCUAGGGGUCUUGCCCGGUAGUUAUUCGGUGGGCUCUACUGUUUUGGCUGCAUCACGUGAUGCCCCUCCUGCCCCCUAGGGGUCUCGCCCGGUAGUUAUUCAGAGGGUUCUGCUCCAUUUUCACUGGGUCAUGUGAUGCCCCUCCUGCCCCCUAGGGGUCUCGCCCGGUAGUUAUUCGGUGGGUUCCGCUCCGUUUUUGCUGGGUCACAUGAUGCCCCUCCUGCCCCCUAGGGGUCUCGCCCAGUAGUAAUUCGGUGGGUUCCGCUCCGUUUUUGCUGGGUCACAUGAUGCCCCUCUCCCUCCUUUCCUGUGUUUAACAUUUUAGCAUUUUUUUUUUUUUGUUUAUAUAAAAUUUGCUUCAGAACAGAAGCAGGAAAUUCUUUUACCAAGUAAAAUUUAAAGACGAAAAAACGAGCAAAUCUGUACCUAAAGUUUUUAGGAAAAUGGACAAUUUUAAAUUAGAUGACAACGAAAAUUGUAGAAUAAUCUGCAGGAGCGACGUCCGCGCUGGGAGGGAUCCUGCUGCUUUCCUUAUGUUUGAAUAAAGAACGUGAUGAUGA